CCCUGCGGCACAUGGAGACACAAUAGAUGGGAAGUCAGAGCGGGAAGAGGGCGCAAUGAGACACCCGCAGGGUGAAGGCUGGGCACGGGGCACAGGGGGACGGUGCUCUCUUUUUCCUGGGCUUUGCCCAGAGCAUUGCAAAACCCAGGGCUGCCCCAGGCUGCGUUUGUGGGAACACAGCUGGCUGAGAGCUGUGUGCUUGGCUAUGGGGGGAACGGAAGGGGGGGGGCACCCCCCUGACUAUUCCCUGUGCCCACUUCCAGCACAGCUGGGUUCUGCACGCUGCAAGAAUCCCAAGGAAAAGCUUCGGGAACCAUUGCACAAGCACUUAAAUGCCGCUGCCCCCCAGCAAGAUACGGUCGCACCUCUCAGGAGAAACAGCAGCAUGAAGACUGUGCCUGCCCUCCUGCUCGUGGGGAUGCUCAUCCUUUGGGCUGAGCUGCCAUCAGGCACUGCCUGGUCCUGCCCCGAGGUCCGCAUCACCUGCGCCAUGGUCAACCCGAGGAACGACUGCUACAGCGACCGGCAGUGCCCGCGUGGCAAGAAGUGCUGCAAGACCUUCUGUGGGCGGCGAUGCAUCUCGCGCAUCAACCUGACCUACGGUACUGUCACCUCCACGGCCACCUCGGGGCGCUGGGGCUGCGAUGGCUGUGGCUCUGGGCAGGGAGCUCGGGCUGUUGGGGUAAGCCAGCAUUAUCUCUUUGCUCUCUCUCCCUUUCCCCAGUGUGAGCUGCUGCUCCCAGCAUAGCCAGAGAGUGCCUGUGUCCCCGUGCCAUCUCCAGCCUCAUGCACCUGCAGAAGGACCGCCAGCUCGCAGGGGACAGGGACAGCUUCGUGCUCGCACUCUGAGAUCUUCUCUGCUGCUAUGUGCCAACUUCUCACCCUCUUCCACCAUUAUCCGCUGCUGUUACAACAAAUAAAAGCUUGUCCCAGGA